UGCAGGCGGGACAGAAAGUGUACUGACAGUGAGAGAUUGUAAUUUCCCACUUGACUUCCUUCCUCCGAGGGACGCGCACCAUGGCGGCGGCAGCGGCCGCUUGUAGUCAGCACGGCGCCGCGAUAUCGGCCGCGAAAAAAUCGCUGACACGCGAGCAAAUCCGGAGGAACCGCGAGAAUUCAAAUCGGAGAAGAGCAGCUCUUUUGUUCCUCAGUAACAUCUCACUGGACGGCCGGCCGGUGCCGAGCGGCACAGCAGAGCGCGGAGGAACGCGGCGGGGCACCGAAGGCGUCCCGGACGGCGUCCCGGAGGUCGACCGGCUUGCUUCGGCGGCGGUCCCGGAGCCGCAACAAGACGCGGAGACGUGCUCGGCUAAUUUCUCCACUUCCGCCAGUUGUGUGGACGUGAAAACCUCGUCGACGACGCCGCUGACGCCGGCUGCGAGUCUGCUGGCCGUGCCCCCCAUCGUCGUACUGCCGUCCGACGCGGAGCUGGUGCUCAGCCGACGCCGUGACUCUGCGCCCUUGGUGGCCAGCGGAAACCUGCUGUCGCCGUCGUUGUCACCGUCACCUUCGGCGUCCAACAGCAGCCUGCUUCCGUCGCCCGUGGGACCGCGGAAGUCGUCGACGUUGUUGUCUGUGCAGAGUUGCAACUCUGUGUCGUCCGAGUUGAGGCAAAGGACCAGGAACCUGUCAGGUGGUUCUCCCAGGCCACGGCACACGAAGAAGAUCCACUUUAUAAAAAAUAUGAAGCAGUACGACACGAGGGGCAGCAGGAUUGUUUUGAUCUGUGCUAAAAGAUCCCUGUGUGCAGCAUUCUCUGUUCUACCCUACGGAGAAAACUUUUACCUCAGCGAGCCCAUGUUGAACCAUCCCCGGAGGCGGCACUCAUCUGGGAAUAUUUCCACCUGCUUGGAGAUGGGACUGGAGGGUUUUCACUUGGAAACGUAUGGCAGGUCGGUGUCGUACGCCCAAUUCCUGUAUCCCACCCAUGCCCUGGUCAGACAGAAGCCAUCGUCCGCCAGCGACCUGACACUGCAAAUUCCGGUAUCCAGGAGCGCUCACAGCAUGCCAGGCAGAAGCUUCCCUCCGAGUCGCCUCAACAGCGCUGUGGGUCUAGAUCUUGGCUUGGGUGAUGUGACGGACUAUGACCCAAACAUUCUCAGUGAUCCACAGUGGCCGUGUGGGAAACACAAGCGGGUGCUGAUCUUUGCUUCAUACAUGACGACGGUCAUCGAAUAUGUGAAACCUUCAGAUCUGAAAAAAGACAUGAACGAGACAUUCAAGGAAAAGUUUCCUCAUAUCAAACUCACCCUGAGUAAGAUUCGGAGUCUGAAGCGAGAGAUGCGAUCUAUCGGCGAGGACUGCAUCCUACAACCUGCCACUAUCGCCAUGGCGUUCGUGUACUUUGAGAAGUUGGUGCUGCAGGGGCGACUCAAUAAACAGAACAGGAAGUUGGUGUCAGCUGCCUGCAUUCUAUUGGCUGCAAAGAUCAGCAGUGAUCUAAGGAAACAAGAGGUCAAACACCUGAUUGAUAAGCUGGAGGAGCGCUUCCGAAUUGGCCGACGUGAGCUUAUCACCUUUGAGUUCACCAUCCUGGUGGCCCUGGAGAUGGCGCUCUACCUGCCAGAGAGUAAAGUCAUGCCGCAUUACAGGCGACUGGUGCAGCAACAGUUGUAGCGGAGUGGAAGACGAGACCACUGCCCUCCAACAAAUGGUUCCUUCUCAUCUAUACAGGUUGGGGAAAGGAAGACAAAUCAACGAGAGGCUAGAAUGGCCAAUCAAUAAGUGAUGAUUUGGGGGCUUGGUGUGAAUGAUCACUAACUUAAUUUAGACACGCUUUCUUACUCCUCUUUAAAAGCAUUUGUCUUCCCUGUCCCCAAGGUAUACAUUUUUGUUCUGUUUGUCUUCAAGGUGAGGCAGCAAAAUUUUAACUUGAGCACUUGGCAAGUUUGUGCUGUGACAUGCACCAUGUCAGUGGUUUGCUGCAAGCCACUCCUGACAGGAAGAACACUGACGACCGUCACGUGUUCACCUCCAGGGGGACACACCUACCAAAGACAUGGAUAAAUAGGACAACAACAUAAUUAAGCUGUUGAACUGAAAAAGCAGAAACAUCUAUAAUGAGCAACAAUAGUCCAUUUGCAGCUCACUGAGCUAUACCGACAAUCACAUUUCACCAGUUUGUGGAGUCACAUAAUAUCCUUGCACACGGGCUGAAGCACUUUUCUAAAGUCAAGCUGCUCUUCUCCAUGUGACUCGAAUGACUGGUGCCCAUGCACAGAAGCUUUCUCUUGGCACAAGAGACUCAUUUGGGCGCACACCAGCUUUAGUCUUCCAAGCAAAACAACCCAAAUGAUUACCAAGGCUUCCACCCUGUCUCAGGCAAAUUCAUGUGACAACAAAAAUAUUGAUGCAGGUGUUGUAUUAUUUUCAGAGGUAAAAGUGGGCGUCAGUAGGGAUCUCGAUGUAAAUUGUGGUGAGCAAUGAAUCGAGCAUUUGAACAUCAAGUGGCAUUAAACCCCUUGGAAGAAGCUACAGUGGUACCUUGACAUACUGUACAGUUGCUUCGACACACAAUCUUUUCGACAUCCGACGUACAUCCGACGACAUGCUCGAAAUACGACGACAUGACAGCACCGUAGACCAGGGGUGUCCAAACUUUUUGCAAAGGGGGCCAGAUUUGGUGUGGGAAAAAUGUGGGGGGCCGACCUUGGCUGACAUCCUUUACGUAGAACAAUAUAUUUAAGCAAAAUUUAGCAAGCCAUUCAGUGUGUCACAUUUGCUCUAUUAUGUUUUUUUAAUGAAUAAUUUCAACAAUCUCGCAACUAGCCUUUGUGGCGUUCUCUUUCGACUCUCGGGCUCUUGCGAAGUACUACUGCUGUGAAAUUAAACUAGCUUCAAGUUGCUUCAAUUUCUCGCUGCGUAUCUUCCCUGUAAUCUUGUCGUACAUGUCGGCGUGUCUUGUUUGGUAAUAUCGCCUCACAUUGAAAUCUUGAAAAACAGCGACUGUCUCUUUACAAAUGAGGCAAGACACAGUUGUUGCGUAUUUUAGUGAAGAAAUAGUCCAAUUUCCACCUAUCCUUGAAGCGUCGGCCAUCAGAGUCAACUUUCUUUUUUUUUGUUGAUUGUCGCCAUUUUAGAAAAUGGAAGUAAUGGGUCACACGGAGUAAUGUUGCUUAGCCCUUAAAUACUUGCAACAUGAAGCAAUUAUCAUAGAAUCCCAAAAUUUGAAAAAUAAGGUCCUAAUGAAAUGUAUUUUUCAAAUUUGUAAAAAGAAAAGUCAAAAUGAAUAUGUGUAAUAAGUGCUCUAAUAUCUAUAAUCCAUGCUAAAUCAUGUUUUUUUCUCAUGGAACCUGCAGAUGCAUGUGUUGACUUGCAUCCAUCUUUUUUUUCUCAAAAAGAAAUGUCAAAAUUCUAAAUUAGUCUCAAAAUCAUGAAAUUUUAGGUGUAUCAAAUGUGAUACAUUUGGUAAUAAAGGGUUAAAGUGCUGCUGCCUUUUAGUGGGUAAAUGAGGAGCAGCAUUUCGUGUAUAAGCUACUUCAUACGCUGGUUGCAGUACUGCUGACCAAUUUAUUAAGGCUGUGUGCGGGCCAGACGUUAUUGAUUUUAUGACCGAGGCCGGGAGCCGGAUGAAAUUUGACCACGGGCCGCAUUUCGCCCCGGGGCCGGACUUUGGACAUGUCUGCCGUAGACGGACGCGCGGCAGAUUUCUUGUGAGAGAAAUCAACACAGGUUCCAAGAAGGUUAGUGCGGGUGAUGAAACAAGCAAAAAGGCGACGCUUACCAUUGAAACAAAUAAGGAUGAAAAUGAUAGAAAAAUCUGAGUGUGGGUGCGCAUCCGUGAACUGGCUCGACAAUACGGCCGUAGAAUGUGUACGAUCUCUACGGUCCUCCUCCGACCUCCGUUAUGCCAGUCUUUAUAAGUUAAGGUGACAAUUAUUAUUGUGAUAACAUCGCCAAAGAAAUUGCCAGCUUCGUCAGGUUUUUAUCAUUUAUUUCAGAACUUGCGCAAAACGCCUACUGUCCGUUGCAGCUGACAAGGAUUUAGUGUAGGUUUUCGGGCUGUGGGACGAAUUAAUGGAAUUAUAAUGUGUUCUUAUAGGAAAAUCCUGCUCGACAUACGACCAUUUCGAUUUACAAACACGUCCUGGAACGAAUCACCUUCAUAUGUGGAGGUACCACUGUACAAUAUUAUGACAAGCAAAGCUCAAUUAACUCAUUGGCUGCUCGCUACUUCGCGCUUCAAACUUCACGCCCUCAGUCCAUCGCGUAUUUUUUUUUUUCAAUUAAAAAAAAAAAAAAUACAGAUGAGCUGUCCCGAGCCGAUCAAGUAGUCUCACUCUCCCGCCCUUCCGCCCUCCCUACCCCCCUCCCCUUCUCUCCCUGCUCUUUGUUCGUCAGGCACUGCACUGGAGUUGCUCAUUAAAGUUAACAAUGUUGGCAGAUGUUUUUGUCUGAUCUUGCCAGAGUCACGAACUUCAAAAGCGCUGCAUGUCAAUCUUCAUUUAACUUGUUAAACAGUUGCAUGGCAACUCAUUGUGUGGAAGUGAGCAGCUAGAGAGGAUUUGAGUAGACUCUCUCAAUGAAGCAUUUAAUAAAGCCAAGUAUUUUUUUACUUCUUUAUUCUUGUUUAAAAAUAAUUUGGUGGGACAGUAACAUGUUUAAAACUUAUCAUAAUUAUUACAUUUGAAGUCCUUAAAAAACAUUUCAUUUAUAUAAAUAAAUAUAUGUGU